UGCAGCGAGCAGUGCAUGUCUGUAGUAGUCUAUAGCUAGGGUUACAGUUACCAUGGCUGGACCAGUUAGUGUGUACAGUGAUCUACUGACCAGAGAAGAAAAUGAACUACUCUUUAGCAUGCUGGGUGCACGUGUUCAGUGUAAGGCCACUGCUGUUGUACAGAUGUUCCAUGCUCACCCUAAUCCAGCCUACUGGACUAUGUUCAGAACUGGAGUGAUAUGUUUUGUGAAGGACUACCAUAGAAGAACAUAUCAGAUACAAUUGUUUGACGUUCUAGCUGGGGAUUUGCUGUUUGAACAAGAGCUGUACAAGCAAUUUGUCUAUUGCAGGGACUGCUCAUACUUCCACUCGUUUCCUGGAGACAGUUUCAUGGUUGGUCUAAACUUUGCUGAUGAGGCAGAGGCCACCUCAUUUUGCCUGGCAGUGAGUCGCAAGCUGAAACCUGGAAACAAAAAAGCUAAGCGUCCUGUAGUGGACGUACAUGUACCUGUACCCCAACAGCACCGUGCUCGUAGCCAGACUAUUGUGACCGGACCUCCGUCAAUGGGAGGGGACAGACGUAAAUCAAGACGGAUCAAGACCAGAGGACCAGUGCAGAAUGCACCUCGCAAGGAGGCUCAUCAACUCGCCAUGAUUGGAUUUGACCCUGAAACUGGAGUGUUCAAUAGUCAUAGAAUCCACCCCAAGUGGUUACAACUGUUGGACAGUGUGGGAGUCACAUUGGAGCAGCUGAAGGAUAUACGCACAGCGUUGUUCAUUACUGAGUUUGUCGAUAAGCACGGUGGUAUAGAGGAGGCCAACCGCCAGCUGGUAGGAGCUGCAAGAACACCACCCCACUCUCCUGUCAGGUCUAGAGCAAAGUCUGUGAUGGUACGACGAGGGAAGUCGUACAGGGGGCGUGGCCAAAGACCCCCCACACAGCACUCUCCACCCCCUGUUGGCAUACCGGCUCCACCCCCUUUACAUUUAAGUGCACAUUUACAUGUUCCGGCUGCCCCUCCCCCUCCAGCAGUGGGUGUGUCUAUUCCACCCCCACCCCCCAUACCUUCCAUCAUCAGUGAGGGAUCUGUACCUGUGGCAGUAGUGAAGGGUGGUCUAUUGGCGGACAUAGAGGCUGGAUAUCGACUGAGACCUGUGGACACUAGCAAGAGAGAGGGUCGGGAGAAGACCCUCACUGGAAUGGCCGCUGCACUGGCCAAUGCUCUGAACAUGAGGAACAGAGUGAUGCAAUUCAGUGAUGAAGAAGAUGAUGAUCAGGAGGCAGUAGACAACGACGACUGGAACUCAGACUAGCUAGUGUAUAAUAGUGUUAAUUAUGCUUUACUAACAGUGGACAGACAUGAUGGAGUAUUCCAUAAGUGAAUGAAUAAAAAGUUUCAGCAUUUAUAUUAAGACACAAACAACUACUACAUGUGUAUACACUAAAACAGUCACAAACAAGCUACAUGCACAAGUACAUUCAAGUCUAUAGAUUGAUGCCGAUCAACUGAAGCUGGUGCCGAGCUGUAGCGUGUGUGCGUGU